AUGCCGGAACCACUUGGCAUUCAGGGCCCGCUGCUACGAGUUGCUGUAACUAACAGCGGUACUUGGACGGGAGCAGUACCUGUUCCACAUGUACCGUUACCUACUGAGAACUAUAUGAGGGAAGAUCUCAUCGCGCGAAAGAUGGUAAACACGAUACAGCGAGAGAAGCGGUUCCACAAUGGUACACUCAACCAACUGCCUGCCACGCUUGGUAUACCAACUGUGAACGUCUCUUCCUUCCGACACACAUCUCAUACCACGAUACUUAAUAUUCACCAGGCAGUGACCAUCUUAGGAACUUAG